AUGUUUCGUUGUGUAUCUUCUGAUCUGGCAGUGCUUCUGCUGGUGCUGCUAAUGCCGAUUAGCUGGAGUAUUCAAACCCUGACUCCUGGCUGCCACCUUUACCCAUUUAACGUGACGGUACGGACUGACAAGAGGGGGACAUGCCGAGGAACCCAACUGGUGUACGCGUGUGUGGGAUACUGCGAGUCCAGCGCUUUCCCCUCGCGGUACUCAGUGCUGCUCGCGUCCAAUUUCACCCACAACAUCACUUCCUCCUCCCGCUGCUGCACCAUCAGCAAAGACGCCAAGGUUAAAAUUCGUCUUCACUGUCCUCGAGGGCGCCAUCAUGCUGAUAUGGAGAUCCUGUCUGCGCGGGCCUGUCGCUGCAGCAUGUGCCACAAAUCCCGAUACUGA